AUGCUAAGGGCAGAAGAUGCAAUUAAGGAGAUGUUUAGGCAAUCCAAGACUGCAUAUCAGCCGUACACAGAUAUUAUCAACUCAAGAUGGGACAAGCAUUUGAAGAAAGAUCUUCAUGCGGCAGCUUACUUCCUGAAUCCUAAAUUCUUUUUUAAUGAAAAUUAUAAAGAAGCACCUGAUGUUAUGCGAGGUUUGCUUGAUCUUGUUACCUUGUAUUGCAAGUGUAACAAUUUGGAUUCAGUUCAGGCAAUAAAGAAAAUACAUUUAUAUAGAGAUCGGAAGGAAAGUUUUGAUAGACAAGAAGUUAUUCCAGCUGCAUCUGAACUUAAGCCUGAUGAAUGGUGGAGGUUAUUCGGAGGCUCUGCUCCAUGUCUACAAAAGAUAGCUGUUCGCAUUCUUAGCCAAGCAUCUGCUUCUUUUGGGAAGGAAAAAGAAAAAAGAAAUCAAAAGACACAAUAUGAUCCAAUUGAUUAUGAAAGUAUCAGUCAAGUUGCCUUUUGGGUGACUGAAGAGGUUGUAGAGAAAGAGCCUGAUCUUCCUAGUAAUGUGGAUGACUUAUUGCGUGAAAUUGAUGCUGAUUUAUAUCAAAGUGGCGGUGGUAGUAGUGGUCUUUAUGCUGCAUCUCUUGAUUCUUCUGCUGAUCAGGGUGGGAAUGAAGGUGAAGAUCAUCCCACCGAAGCAAAUUUGCAACAAGUUCUUGCGGAUUUUGAUGAUUGA